CUUGUUAUCCGUCCACGCCUACAGUAUCAUCACAUACCGUCUCUGGCGGUCAUCCAGAAUUCAUCAAAAACACGGUUACAUCCGUAGAUCUCUUUGUGAGGUUGGUUAUUAGCUCUGGACUGCUCUAUUAGUUAACUGCAGAUUUCAGGUAAACUUAACACAAGUUUGUGAUAAAAUGAAAUGUAGUGUUGAGGGCAGAAACUUUUGUGCAUGUUUGUGCAGAGAGUUUUUGAUUUGCUACUUGUCGGUCACAUGACCUUACAUCCGCUCUGUGACUGUUGCUGUUUGGCAGCUAUGACAACGAAAUUUGAAAGUUGGAUGAAUGGCCUCUAUGAAGAAAAAGCUUUUGUCUUCUAAAGUGCCUCGAAACUCUCUGAAAUAUACCGUAUAUGUGGACAUUCAGGCAGUCACGUGUCCAGGAGUACUUCUAACUAAAAAGAAUGAUGUCUACCUCAGUGUGUGUAUCAUGGGCCAGUACAGAAAGACUCCCUGUUUGCCCCCUGUAUUCCCUUUACUCUUCCACCACAAAAUGGUCUUUGUCAAGACUUUACCCGGUGUUGUUGACCCUGCUGAUGUAGCUGACCUCCUCGAAGCUGACACAACAUCUUUUGAGCUGAUUCAGUUGGUGCCUCCAGAGGGUGAGGUCCUAGCCACGAUGGAGGAAAGCAGCAGAGAUUUCCUGUACCCUGGUCCCAGACAGAGCUUCAGAGAAGGAUCUGCGGAGAGAGAAGUACUGAUGAAGAGGUCCUCUUCCUUUCCCGGAAUCUCUCCCAAAGUGGAGUUUGCCACGACAUCAGUCAUAGAAGAGAGUGAUAGAAGAGACAGCUGGCCUGCAACGCCUAGCUGCUGUCUUUCUCCAGUGAAGCCAUCUUUAACCCCAUCCAGACAGAGUUCAGCGAAAAAGUCUUCACCAUCCAGCAGGCAUUUUUCCAGAAUAGAUGAUGGGAGCUUUGCCUCUUUGAAAGGUGCAAAGGAAAAGCUAAAUACUGAGGCUAGCGUCACAGACUCGGCACCAUCAUCAUCAUCCAGACGUUCCCCUUCAUCCUCAUCUGGCUGCAGUCCCCGGAAAAACAAGAAGGAAAGAAAACAUGCUUCUCCCAGAGUGUCUGUAGACUCUGGCUACCAGCAGCCUACAGUUUCGUCAAUGGCACGAGCCCUGUCCCCUUACACUCACCGCAAGAUGUGCCAGCUUUCAGAGGACGCCAGGCAGAGGCUCAGCCACCUCCAGCUGGGGCCUCACCACUUCAGGAAGGAGACAGAGAGUCAGCCACCCUUCUUGGUCUCUCGUCGCAGUAGUGUCUCUUGGAUGGGAACUCCUUCCUCCUCUCCCCACAAUGGCAGCAUGCAUCGAUACUCUUUUAGCUCCUCAGCUGAUCAAACAGAUUCUUCUUUACUGGGUAGUUACAGACCAAGAACAGAUAGAUUGAAAUCAGGUGCUGUGAGGGUCCAGUCAUCUCUAGAGACACAGUCCAGACAAGAAGCCCGGACAAGAAGCCCUGUGAAACCCUGUGGUUCUCCUCCUGCACACUCUACCGUGGUUAUGUCAAAAUCCAGAGGUCCUCUGAAUCUCAGCAACCAUUCCCUCAGAGAAAGGCUCCAGACCAGUCAACCCAGUCCAUCCUACUGGGAGGAGAUCCACAGCCGAGUUCAGAGAAUCCUGCAGACACACAGAACCACCUGGGACCACCGAGUGGCCUUUGACCUUUAACCUUCUGAUGAAAAUGUAACUAAAUAAUUUGAAUUGGCAGUGCAAAGACUUUCAAUGUUAAACUUGUUACUACAGGCUGCACUAACCUGUUGAUUUUAACUAUACAUGCCGUAAGUUGUCUGUAGGAUGGACACACACACACACACACAUCCAGACAAUAACGCACUUUUUUAACCUCAAGAUUUUAUCGUUGAGCGAGUCGAACCAAUCUCACACACAUGUAUCUUUAUUUAUCUGAAUUUGAUGUUCAUUUACAUUUCAAAUCUUCCCAGGCACCUGCUGAGCCGUGUUUGUCGUCAUUACUGUUUGAAAAGGCAGGAAAUUUGCAGGGGUUAUGUUCAAACGCAUAGCAGCACAGCUUCCCUCCCACCCAUCAGCUGGGCUGUGUUUUAAAACGCCACGAUGGUGACACCAAACUGAGACGUCGUUUAAUUUCUCUAAAGCAGUGUGUGAAAUUGGCUCGGCUAUAAAGAAGCAACAUUUUUUGUGCGUGUGUGCGAAGGAUUGGGGGGGGGGGGCAUGGUGGAUGUAAGCUGCAGCUGUUAAGGACUCAUCUUUCACAACACAAAAGAGAAACAA